AGAUUCAACACAGCUGCCAGAGGCGCAAAUUUCCCCAUGCUUACGGAGUAUCGCUUCUUCUAAACCUAGGGGGCCCCGGUUAGGUAGACAAGGCUCCGAGACAGCUGGAGGAGCCGCCUUCGCUUCCGGGGAAAGCAAGGACGACUCGGACCACACGAGCAAUCACACAAUUCAUAGAGAAAACCGCAAACUCCCAUUUUUGACAUUCUCCUUUGCUCGAACACGGGAUCCUUCCUGGCAGGUGGACAGCUCUCUCCUCUAUCGGUUACUUGUUUCAGGGAGUUUUUUUCUUCCCCUUCUAUUCCCCUUGGGCUCCCGCUGCUGGCAUCGCCGCUACAUCAUCAACAUAGUAAACGACCCGCUGGAGGUAUUGCUCUUGCCUCCGUAACCUGGGCUCCGUCGACAACACCUGCGCCCAUCACAAACGCGAAAGAUACCGGUGAUAUCGCGAAAUGUCGGAUUUAACUUGGAUCGAUGAAGCAUUCCCGAUACCCUCCCAGCGCAGUUUAAAUAAAUCGGUCCGAGAUGUUAUAGGUGGCUGACCCCCUAAUGUUUAUUUUAUUUUCUUAUUUUUUAUUUUUAUUUUUAAUAUUAUUUUUAUUUCUUUCCUUUUUUUGCGAUUCACCCGGUAGCUUGCUAAUUCCGUGGGCGAAAUACAGCGAGAGAGCCAAAGCACUCGACCAUCUUCCAGAACAUCGGGAAAUAUAUACUCUCACUGAGGGGCACGGAUGAGCCACCCUCCAAGAAGCGGAAGGUCGGGGAUGGGAAGAAUGGCGUUAAGGAGGAGGUGAAGGUGGAGGAUGUGGUGUUGGGGGAAGGGGAUAUCGUGAUUACGGUCAAGGAGAUUAGUUUCUCGAUUCCUGCGCGGAAGAAGUUUACUUUGCUGCUCACGAAAAGCUCCAUGAGUGCUGUCAAUGCGGCUACGGGAGUGGUGGAGUUUGGGGUUCCUUGGAGCGAGAUUCGUGAGUGUUCCCUUCGGUCAGUUUUUUCACUCUGCUUAGGGGUGUGCUGAUUUGCUACCCGCACGAGAUAGAAUACGUUGCAUGUCUCCCUGUUCCGGACAAAGCUGCGCGACAAUGGAAUUUCUGCGUUUUCCCUAGGGGAGCGGAAGGGCUUGGAGAUGGGUCCGCGGAUGCUCUUGUGUUUACUAUUCCGGACGGUGCGCCCAAGACUGCCACUGGAGAUGGAAUGGGCGCAGGGCAUGACACGAGUACCUACAAAUCCCUUCUCAUUGCUGUCUUUGGUAGCCUUCUUGAUGGGGGGGCGAAGGUUUUGGAACCGGAUGAGAAAGUCUUUUACAGCGCUGUCCCGCAGAGCCACAGGAAAGGGGAGAAGGCCUUCCAUGUCAAGGCGCAUGUUGGGAGUAAGGAGGGUGGGCGCCUCGUUACCCUUGAUUCUCCAGAGAUACAGCGUGCUAAUAGUUGAGCGGGCUAGGUUAUUUAUUUUUUCUGAAGAAUGGAAUUAUGUGGGCUUUUAAAAAACCUCUCAUCUAUUUCUCGUUUGCGGCGAUCGAAUCGGUGUCCUAUACCUCGAUUACAAAGCGAACACUUAAUCUGUCCAUUCACGUUGCGGAGGAGCGUGGCGAUGCGGAGUUCGAGUUUAGCAUGAUCGACCAGGAGGAAUACGCCGGCAUAGACACAUACAUCAAGGGGAAUCGAUUGAACGACGCGUCCAUGGCCGAAGCAAGGCGGGCUAAAAAGCAUAACGUCAACGGGAAGGAGGGGGAAGACGGAGAGGAUGCGGGCAAUCUGCAGAAGGCUCUGGAGGAAUUGGAGGACGAAGAAGAGGAGGAUUAUGUUCCGGGCGGGGAUAAAGACGAUGAUGGUAGCGGGAGCGACGACAGUGAAGAGGACGAGGAAGACGAGGAAGACGAUGAGGAUGGGGAUGAAGGAGGCGAUGAUGACGAGAAUAUGGGUAGCGAUGACGAGGGAAGCGUUGAUUUAGAAGAUGAAUUGGGGAGUGAGCUUGAAGACGUCAAUACAGACGUUCCAAGGGCUAAGAGGGCAAAGAGAUGAUGGGUUCUCACUCGAUUAUAUAUUAUGGUGUAUUGUCACUGGCAUGAUAUUUGGUCGCGGGUUCAAGCGGGAAGGCAAAGAAAAAGAAUACUUGGACCAAGGCGGCUUUGUUUGUAUUGCACAAAUUAUGUUUCGUUCAUUAUUCACAUGCUAUGUAAAUUAGAAAAACUGACGUUUGGAUAUCCCUCCAAAGUAACCUCUUCCACCCCCGCUAUAUAUCUCGAGCCCUCAUAGCGUCCGGUUUCUUGACGUCCCCAGUCGGCCUCCCCGCCGCUAUAUUUUCCUUCAUCCUCCCCUUUCCCUUCCGGCCCAGCAGCUAACUCGUCCACUCGGGAGUGCUGAUCUGCUCAGUAUCCACCGUCCUGAUAAACUCUUCAUUAACAUACCUUGCAUAAUUACCCUCAAUACUCCGGCUAUCAAUGAAAUAGCCAACCUACUCAUCCUCGGCCAACAGAGGGGGGGGGGGGAAGAGACUGGCUACAUAACAAAGUGGGAGUAUGAUUCCGCCCCGUCGACUUCCUCAACACAAGUCGCGACACGAGUCCCGCAUCCGCCGCCGAGAGUGAGAACGGGCAAGUGCGCCUCGGUUAAGUGCUCCAGCGUGCGCUCUGCCGUAAGCUUUUAUAGCGACCCGAAGGUUUCCCACGUGCUCGCUUGCCAGGGGUCUGUGUGUUCAGGGCCUUCUGGCUGUAUGUCGUCCCAAUUCGCGAGGCUUCGGCGGUAUUCCCGUUGUGGAGGAGGUUGUCAUUUCGAGGCGGAAGGUGGGGGGAGCGUUUUCAACUUGUAAUUGUUGAUGGGGGAAGUGGGGGAGGGGCGAUCGGAGAAUGUGGAGGUUUCCCAUGGCCACCGCUGAGUAGCAGUGUAUUAGGUUCGGUGGUGCGUCGGUCGCUAUCGAGAGGGGUUCUGGUGGGAUUGGGGGUAUCGCUGCUGUCAUUUUGUGUCUCUAGCCAUUUGAGGGUCGGAGGGGUUGGUGGGGUGCAUGUUUCCGGGGUAUCAUAUCAUAUCAUACAAAUAGGUGGAUGUAGAUGUAGAUGUAGAUGUGCGUGGGGAAAGUUGGGUGCCGGGGUUUUUGGCUGAGGCUUGGAAUAAGCUUUGCCGUGCAGGAUGCAGGGUCCGAGCGUUCUUAAAUCCAUCUCGGGUUACCGGUAGCCUAAAUAUUUGGAGGUAGCUAGUCUAUCUGUACGAGUAGAUCUUCUGAACCACCUAUCAUACCUCGCGAUAGAGAUACGGCAUCCACACCGAGGGUCUCAAUGAGCACUCACCUCCUGGAUAUCCAUUCCUCUAGGAGGUCCGGGGCAUUAUGCCCGAUACUUCCAUUCGUUCCACUGUACAGAGGGUAUCGCAGCUGGCAUCAAAAAAAAGGAACUGGCUAGGAGAUACCAUACCUGUAUUGUAAUGGCCGGAUUAUCCCACAGAUUGUGGGUGGCCACCGGCCCCUCCAAGAAAGUCGCUAAUCAAAAGGGGUUGUCGGAGAAGUCUUCUAGAUUGUCGGUGCAAACCACUCGUGAAGUCCCGAUGUUUUAAAUCACGCUCCUCACCUUG